AUGUACUAUCUACUAGUAUACUUAUCCAUUGUAUUGCUACUAUUUAUAUCGCUAUUACUGAUAGCCAUUUCCAAGCUCGACAAUCAUGCAUUACUUCGAAAGAUCAGAAACUACUUGACAAUAGGAUUGGUCAUAUCAACCUUACUUUCAUUCACUCCCAAAUCAGCAAAAGAUAGUGCACCCUUUCAUAAAUAUGGGAAAGCCAAAGUCGCAUUCUUUGGAUGUAAUUUUCAAAUUAUGACAACUGCCAGAUUCUGUGAUCUUUCCACUGAAGAAUUUGAAUGGUGCUAUUGUCACAAUGGAAAUGCAUUUGCUACUAUUCUUCAUUGUUAUGAUUAUGGUCAUCCAGAGCAAAUGAAUUCACUUUUGGGAAUGUGUCGAUAUGAAUAUAAUAUAACAAUAUCUGAAGAAGACCUUGAACGAAGCCGUGAGUAUUAUGCAUCCCACGCUAAGUCAAUAGAUGAGAUCCCAGAUUAUUCCCCAGUUAAAAUAGUGGAUUUCCCGGUCAAGUUAGAUGAAUCCAGAAUAGAGAUAUUUACAGGUUCAUAUGAACUGUUUUUAGGAAACUAUGACAGAUCAGUCGAAUAUGGGAAUUACUUGGUUUUAUAUUGGGCAAUUAUAUUUGCGUUGGUUGCAAUUGGAAAUUGGUCAAAAUUUAUCUUGCCCGGAUUUCACACGAGAUUAACUGAUCCGGUUACAAAUUGGGUUAGAAAGAAUAUCACUUUACCUGCAACCUGGAACAAAAAUAAAACAACAGAAGUACCUUUUGCAACAGUGUUGGAUAUGCUAGUUCCCACCAGACAAGAAUCGUUAAUCCUUACUUCGUUUCUCGGCUUGUCCUUAUAUUUUAUGAUUAACGACAUACAUUAUUUUAAGAAUGAUAUCCUUUUUCCUACCAAAGCAAGCGCAAUGUUGAGGUACUAUGCAGUUAGGAGUGGGAUGCUUGCAUCCCUGAUGAUGCCACUCUUGGUGUUAUUUGCAGGAAGGAAUAAUAUCCUACAAACAAUUACAAGGUGGGAUUAUUCCACAUUCAUAACUUUGCAUCGUUGGCUUUCAAGAAUAGUAUUCUUUAUGGUUGUGGUCCACGGAGUACUCUAUUCAUUAUAUUUUGAUCCAUACUUAGAGAAAAUAAAAGAAGCUUUUAUCGUUUGGGGUAUCAUUGCAACUAUUGCAGGUGGAUUUAUUAUGAUACAAGGAUUGUUGGUCCUUAGAAGAAAAUGGUACGAAAUGUUUUUAUUCAUCCAUAUCGUUCUCGCUCUCGUGUUUAUCCUUGGAGCUUGGGUUCACGUUAAAGAUUUGUUUUGCGUUUGGUUCUAUUAUUUUACAGCUAUGGUGUGGUUAUUCGACAGAAUUAUCAGAAUCGGUAGCAUUUGGACAUUCGGAUUCCCUGAAGCAAAGGUAUAUUUAAUCGCAGACGAAGCUCUAAAGGUAGUCGUACCGAAACCAGAGUAUUGGGAAGCUAUCCCUGGUGGACAUGCUUUUAUUUAUUUUCUCAAACCUGGAUGCUUUUGGCAGUCACAUCCAUUCACAUAUACUAUAUCCCCAACAAAUGAUGAAAUUAAUUUAUUCAUAAAAGUAAAAGGUGGGAUUACUAAAUCAUUGUAUCAUGACUUGUGCACCCGUAAAGACAGAUAUGCCAAGAUUAGGGUUGCAAUAGAGGGUUCGUAUGGAGAACAAACACCAGCAAGUCGAUAUGAUAAUGCAGUUUUCAUUGCAGGUGGGAAUGGGAUUCCAGGUAUUUUUGCAGAAGCAAACGAUUUGAUCACAAGAUCACAUCGUUCCAAAUUGGUUAAGUUAAUAUGGAUCAUUAAAGAAUAUAAGAGCUUGUGCUGGUUUUAUGAAGAAUUAUUAUCACUAAAACACAAAAACAUUGAUGUUACUGUUUAUGUCACGCGUCCACACACACCUGCAAUCCCCAGCCAUUUCGAAAUGGCUCAUUUCUGUCAUUCGACGAAUUCAGCCCCGAGAUUCAGGCAUUCAAGGACACUGGAAGGAAGACGCGAAGAAGAACACGCGUAUUUUUCAAGUGUGUCCAUAUUGGGCAGCGAGGUGCUGGAAGAAGACAAACACAUUCACACAUACGAUGAUCCAUUAGGGCCACUCAUGUCGCUGUCCAAGAAAAUAUUGGGGUAUAAUGCCACAUCUGAAUAUAGUCCAGAUAUCGUGCUUGUUAUGCACGGUGACGCACCGAGUCUGAGCUUGGAAUUUUUGCAACCAGAACAAUUUACGCAAUUGAUUAAUCACAUUAGGAAAGACCUCUCGCAUAUUAACAUCCGAGAAGAAAGACCAAAUGUUGAAUUGCUAGUAAAGUCUAAUAUAAAAGAAUCCCCGGGAUCGACAUGUUUCGUAACUUGUGGUCACCCGGCAAUGGUUGAUGAGAUUAGGGCACUGGUUGUCAAUAAUAUAGACAAUAAUGAAAAGAAAAGAGUAGACUAUUUUGAACAACUUCAAGUAUGGGCAUAG